AGUUUGGCAUCAAAUAUUAAUACAUAGAUUACUACAGCUGGACGCUAAAUAAAUUAUUCAUAUAAGUAAAAAGCAAAUAUUGUGAUUUCACCAUUAGUGAGAUAAGUAUUUGUAUAUAACACAGCCAAUAUGUUUCCAGAAGAGAGUUUUGCACGGUCUAAUCACGAUUCAUGCAUCGUGACCGGAGACAUCAUGAAACGUUGUGGUACAUAAGACCUUACGAGAUAACUCUACCAAUAGUCAGUCAAACUGAUGUUCAUCGAAAUAAUAGGAACCUCUAAUUCUGAUACACGCGGUAUCGUUAUUAUCGGUGGAUUUUAUAAUAUUUGUUUUCUCAAUCGUUAUUGUCUAAAAUUAAUAACCCAAAAUCAAAAAUGCCUGUUUCUGAGUACGCGAACAAUACAAAUAGAACAUCUGAUGUACAGACUUGUAAUAAAACACCAUUUAGUACAUUAAUAAGUGACAGUCAUACAGUGUUAAAUGGGUUAACUAGCAUUGGGUUUAUGUAUGCUUCACCAAUCCAAGUUGCUGCAUUACCUACCAUUAUUGGUGGACAAGAUACAAUCGUUGAAGCUAAAAAUGGUACAGGAAAAACUCUAACAUUUGUUAUACCAAUACUUAUGAAACUUAAAGUAGACCAACCUAAUUUGCAGAGUAUUGUUUUAGCACCUACGCGAGAAAUUGCAGUUCAAAUACAACAAUGUUUUAAAAAAGUUGGAACAUAUAUACCUGAUUUAAAAUGUGAAUACUUCAUUGGUGGAACAUCAGUUGAAGAAGAUAGACAAAAAGUAAUUGGUUGUCAAAUAGCUGUUGGUUCUCCAGGACGUAUCAAACAUUUGUUAAAUGAACAUGUUUUAAAAGGAAUACAUGUAAAGACUUUUGUAUUAGAUGAGGUUGAUAGAAUGUUUACUGAUAAAAAUUUUACCAAAGAUGUUUGGUUGAUAGAUGGAAAAUUACCUAAAUUAAAACAAAAAAUUGUUGUUAGUGCAUCAAUUGAUAAAACUAUUAAAUUCCUUUUUGAUGAAUUUAUGGAAGAGUAUACUAUAGUAAAAGGUACAGAUGAAGAUAUGAAUGCAACACAAGACCCAAAAAAAUUUUUACUUGGUAUAAAACAAUAUGUAGCUUGUGUUAAAGCAGUUAGUACUAAUAUAAUACUAUUACCUGCAAAAAAUUUACGUCUUCUCAAUAUUUUACGUAAUUUACCACAUACACAAUGCAUUAUAUUUACAAACUUUAUGACAAGAGUUGAAGCUGUUUGUAAUAUGUUGCGUGAUCAUGAUUAUAAGGCUGAUUAUAUAAGAGGUGAUCAAGAUCAAAAUAUUCGUUUAAAAUUAGUUGAUAGACUUGUUUCAUUCAAAUCUAAGAUUUUAGUUGCAACUGAUUUAGUAGCUAGAGGAAUAGAUUCUUCAAAUGUGGAUUUAGUUAUAAACAUGGAUUGUCCUCGAGACUGGGCAACAUAUUUACACAGAAUUGGUCGAGCUGGAAGAUUUGGAAAUAAAGGGUAUUGUGUAACUAUACUAGAUGAUGAUAAAGAGUUAAUGUCUUUUAAAGAAAUUGUUAACAGCAUAGAAAAUAUAAAUAUCAAAAUGUUACCAAUAGUAAUAGAAAAAUCUAUUCUCGAUUAUAAAGAAGAUGAACUAGAAGAUUUAAAUUUGAAAUUUGACUCAGCUUCCUUAAUUGAUAAUGAUAACAAGGAUAAUUUACCUGACAAGGAAGAAACACAAAUAAAUUCAGAAAUCGAUAAUCAUGUUAUAGAGAAAUGCAAAAAUGACAUUUCAGAAAAUGAAAAAAAAUCUAUUUAUGGUCCAGGUAUAUCUGAAAAUGAAUCGCUACAAAAACUACGUGAAGUUGUUAAUGAUACAGAAAAUAAACUUAUCAGUGAAAAUGCUAUAAAUAAACGACAUUUGACUGCUAAUAGAUCAUUUGUAUUAUUUGAUCCAGAACCCCUUUUUGAUGAUUCAGCCCAAUAUAUGAAAUAUAAUCCAGAUGAAUUGGUUGAUAUAUUCAAAAAUUAUGAUUCUGAUAUUGUAAAAUAUGAAGCUGCUAAAAAGUUAAAGCCCAAGAAUCAAAUAGUUAUCAACGAUAAUUGUGAAAAAAAUGAUUUUAAAGAAACAAAUUAUUUUCAUUCGAAUAAUUUUGAUAAAUCUAGUAAUGAGAAUAAUUCAAAUAUUAGUAAUGUAAAUCCUAGCAACCAAAAAUAUACUGAUAUAUUUGAUUUAUUUCAAAUACCAGAUAUAAGUCAACUGAAGUCAUCUAUUUUCCAAGCCCAAACUGAACAGCUUUUUAAAGAAAUCAGUGAUAUUGAAAACAGUGAUCAUGAUGACUAUGUUGAUAGCAGCCUUAAACUUGAUGAGGAAGAUAAAAAUGAUAGUAAUGAAUUUUGCAGUGAUGAAGAAUAUUUUGAUGAAGAUUGGGAAGAUUUAGAAGAAGUAGAAGAAAUUUAUGACAAAAAUGAUUCUACAGAUGAUUCUGAAAGUAAUACUUAUUCAGGAAAUAGUUAUAGAGAAAAUGAAAUUGAAAAUAAUGUAGUAUUAGAUAAAAGUAGUCAAAAUGAAUAUGAGAAAAAAAAACAUCCAAUGGAAAUAAAUAAUCACAUAUCACAAAUAGCGUAUGGUAUGAACAGUGCAAAUAAUAAUCUAUUAGAUUACAAUUUAUUGAAUAAUUGGUAUCAAGAAUGGAAUCGUCAAUUAAAUGUCAUUCAAACAUACUCUAGAUUAGGUAAUUAAGUUAAUAUAAUAUAAGUUUAAUAUACUUGAUAAUGUUUAGUUAUUUUUUAUUGUGAUACAACAUUUUUAAUUGUUUUCUAUCAAUAUUUUUUUAAUGCUUUAAUUACAUGGAUAAUAAAUUAUCUAUGUAUAAUUAUUGUUAAUUUUGAAUCUAUUUAAUAUUAAUGUACAAUUCUUGAAAAAAUACAAACAUGUAAAAUUUACCAAAUUUUUAGUAAUAUUUCUUAACUUUUCAGUUAGACAAUGAUAUCUAGUUAAUUUAAACAAAAUAUUAAAACAAAUGGCAAAUUCUAAACAUUUUUUGUGGGUCGAUUCUAAAAAAAAAAAAUUUACUUAGAAAACGUAUCAGUCUU